AUGCCAGGAAGAGGGGUUGGUUAUUACCCGAAUCCAUCGAGUUCGUUACGAUCCGAUGAUUAUGAUAUGCGUGGAAAUGGUGCGCCAGUUCAGCCUGUUCUUUAUCGAGAUGAAACUCUUCCAUACGAUGUUCAAUACGAAGCACGAGCAAAUGUCAAUACACUGAUUCCUCCUGCCCCACCAGCGGCUGUCGAUCCAUCACUUAAACCCAUUCCAAUACUGUAA